CUUUCGUAGUAUCUCGUCUGAUUCGUUCGCCACAAUUGCGGUCUUUAUUUCCCCAGCGUUUCGCUUUUCCCAUGUUCCCAGAGGCUGACUGUAGUAGUCAACCGCGGCAAUUAUUUUUUUUUAUCAAUGACCGGCUGAUGCCUCCGCAGCUCCCGCUAACAGUACGAGCUGUUUGUUGCCUGAGGUGUGUCAGUUGCACUGCAGGGCAGCCGACGCCGCUGACAGGGUGUCGCAUCUUCUCGGCUGCCAAGAGCUUGCGCCUUCCCCGGCUGCCGGGCUGAGCGCAGAAACCAGCCGGGCGCGCCGCCGAGCUGCUUUCGGGUCUUGCAACUCGGUCGGUUCGAGCUGCACGGCGCUUUCGGGUGCGAUGGGCACCACGUCAAAGAAGUGAGGAAACAUGCCUACGACCUUGGCUCGGAAAAGAGAAGUUGCCAGCUUGUCUUUGAUGGUUCGUUUGACACCUCAGGUCAGUAAAACUGAAGAUAAAAGCUGUCUUGUGGACGUACUGCAGGAAAUGACCCACUCUUGGCCGUCUCCACUCUCUGCCAUUCACACGUCUAGCAGAGCAGAGUCCCAGAGGCUUCCCUACAGCGCCAAGGAGCCCAAGCAGCGUUCGGUCCACCAUAAGCAAAUAAAGUGUGAUGUUCACACCAGGAGCCCAUCGCGCAACAUUCCUCAUAAAUCGAUGUUGGAGGAUGACCUGAAACUCAGCAGUGAUGAGGAAGAUAACAACAAGGGCUCUCCGAGGUCUGAUCCCUGGGGCGAUAAUGAAAGCCCCGCGCCGCCGCCGCCGCCGCCGCCGCCGGACCUCUCGCAUGGCAAGAGAUCCAGGCAUUCCAGCAGCAGCAGCUCCAGCUCUUCCAGCGCCUCAGAGAGCAGCUGGGAGUCGCGCAGCGAGAGCCCCGCCGCCAGCGACCCCGAUCCUGACCCCGACCCCGCCGGCCGCCGGCCCCCGCCCUGCUUCACCUCCGAGACAGAGCAGCCGUCCUCCACGCAGUGGCAGCUCAACGAGUGGUUGAAAAAGGUGAAAAAACCUUCCGGGAAGCCAGAAAGCGGGACAAACCAGGAGGAGGACCUCAGCCCCUCCGAUUCGGAGCAGUCGGCCUGCGGCGAGUCUCCGGCAGCGUGGGAAAGCCCCAGGGAGAAGGAGAGCCGGAGCCCAGCAGGACCUCAGCCCAGAGCUGGGACCGAGCACAGAGCCGUCACAGUCGACAGCGUCCGUCCUCCGCCCUCGCGCCACAGCGAAGGCAGCGCGCAGUGGAAACCGCAAGCUAGGAAGGAGGGGAAGACGGCCGUGGGGUCUCCUGCCAACGAGACGCUGAAGCGCUGGGUUCGCGCGGUUGAGCAGAAGGAGCUGGAAACGGACUCUCUGGAGGUGCAGCCCAAGCAGAGGCCUCACACCAACAGCGCAGGCCAAUGGAAAGAGUGGGUGGCAGCCCAUGAGAGGAGGAGGCCCAUCCGGACCGUUCCCGAAUCCAGGGCGGCGACAGACGCCGCUCGGUCGUCCACGUCCUGCUCCGAUUCGGACUCGGAGCCCAGCCCGCCGGCCGUUGCCAAAGUCCCGGCGGAUUCCACCUCCAGCCAGCGGCAGAGGAGGCUCCAGGACGGCGGGAGAAGGACCAGGCCGCGCCCGGAGCGUGUCCAGGCGGCCGGAGAGAUCCCGCGCGGCCAGGAGGAGGCGCUCUACACUCUCGUGCCUUUCGGACGCAAUGAGCUGCUCUCCCACCUCAAGCAAACUAGAGGGCUGAAGUCCCUGCUGGUGAAGAUUGACCUGGCUCUCCUGGCUCGGGUGCCUGGCUCUUGCCCCAGAGAGACAUCGGACGGCUCGGCCCACAGGAGUACCAUGAGGCACCUGUAUCCCUCAGAGAUGGAGUCAGCAGACCACAGGAGGAAACGCAAGAGCGAAAACAGCAGCGCGCACAGAGAGCACAAGAGGAGUCACAAAGACGCCGCACCGGCCCUGACUGUCUCCAGGGACACGCCGACGCCGGAAGUGUACGCUGACCUUGCCGCCAGCGCCUAUGCCAGUCCCUUUCCGGACGCCGACAGGAGGAUGCUGUCGCCGCUCUCUCCGCUCUCGGAUGGCUCCGGGACUCAGGAGAGCUCAGGGAAUCCGGGAGCGGCCGGGACAGGGAGUGGUAGCAGCAGGCCGGACUCACACCAGCAGCCAGAGAGGGACACGCCGUCACGGCCCUCGCAAGUGCAUAAGACGCACCAGGUUCAUGCAGAGCAGCUCCUCCUCCCCACUGGCCCCCAGCCCGUGUGUGAUCCUUGGGCCGAUCCCCUGAAUCUGACCGACUGCCAGAGACCGCACCUACCCGGCCACGAGAUAUCACACCACGCUGAAUAUUACAUGCAAGAAGCUAAGAGGAUGAAGCACAGAGCAGACGCCAUGGUGGACAGGUUCGGGAAGGCUGUGAACUACGUGGACGCCGCCCUGUCGUUCAUGAUGUGCGGGAAGGCCAUGGAAGAAGGCCCCCUGGAGGCCAAGUCCCCGUACACCAUGUAUUCCGAGACCGUGGACCUCAUCCGGUACGCCAUGAGGCUGAAGAGCCAUUCGGGACCGGAGGCCAGCCAGGAGGACAAGCAGCUGGCUGUGCUGUGUUUUCGUUGCCUUGCUCUGUUGUACUGGAGGAUGUUUCGCCUGAAGAAGGACCAUGCCAUGAGAUACUCCAAGGCUCUUCUCGACUACUUCAAGAACUCCCCCAAAGCUGUGCACACGCCUUCUCCGUGGAGUGGAAACAGGAGUGUGGGCGCCCCCUCCCCACUGUCCCCCUCGCCCUCCCCCUUCGGCUCCCAGGGCUCCCAGGGCAGCAGCGCCGCCAACUCCCUCAUCAGCAUCCCCCAGCGCAUCCACCAGAUGGCAGCAAACCACCUCAACAUCACCAACAGCGUCCUCUACAGCUACGAAUACUGGGAGGUGGCAGACAACCUGGCCAAGGAGAACAGAGAGUUCUUUAACUACCUGAACACGCUGAUCGGACCCCUGACUCUGCACAGCAGCAUGGCGCACAUUGUGCAGUACACCAGACAAGGACUGCAGUGGAUCCGGCUCCACGCUCGCCAGUCUUAGCCGGCGCCCCUGCGUCCCCACACGCCCCUCUCGAGACUCGAAACGGGACGGCAAUGAGACAUUCCUGACACUGGGGCGCUGACACCCUGUUCUUCGGCGGGGUAGAAAUACCCGCUGGGUCCCUCGAGUUCCUCUUCUCUCUGUUGCGAAGAUGCCUGUUCUUGACGAUGCAGAACAACGGAGGGGAAGGGGAGCUGGGAGUGGAUCCGUCUCGUUUUCCCACAAGUGGCCUUUAAAAACACGUCAAGGGCAAGACGAGAGAAACCGGCCAAGUGCAUCUUGCCAGCCGUUGGGAUGGUUCUGAAUAUUCAGGGAGGGCCCGCCUCUCGAGGUUUCUUUCCUCCGGUGCUGUACUGACUACCUAUCUGAACCCCUUCUGACUUUCACAGAUAUGCACAGAUUUCAUAAAACGCCUAAUGAAGCUGGCGCUGGUUAGUUUUGAAUAUCUAUACUUUGACACACACUUCCAGAGUUGAUGAAAUGUUACAGUUUUUGAAAAAAGAAACCCCACAUGUGCUUUUUUUGGUUUUGACUGCUCGUCUGGUAUGUAUGGGGUCUGUACGGAGAACAGGCAGAGGUUCCAGUACGGGACGCUGAACUGAUGCUUUGUUAGAAACAGGUUGGUUAGAAGGACAAAGAGUUGUCAUUGAGGUGGCCUCUCAACGCUGGAAAUGUGAUUACAUGUCCGUGAAGAAGGCGACAAGCAAAGAAAAUGUGUGUGUUUUAAUAUCCUCCUCUGCUUUGGGAUUUUAUUGAUAGCUAGUAAAUCUCUGCUUUUGUGAAAGUGCUCGUAGAGGCUGUGUUCGGGAUUCCUGAGAGAUCAAGCCCUCAUGUUGCCAAACAGCAACACCUGGGAGCUGACAGCGCUCUCAGAAAGAGCUGCGUCAGACAUCCAUCUAGAGACAGGCAAAAACCGGCCGCAUUUCUGGAGACAAUGCAGAGAACGCCUGCUCCCUCGGGCCGCCUGCUGUACAACGUCAUUUCUUGAGAACCGCAGGUCUCGAAUUCGGGAGUGCACAAGAAUGGGUCUCUCUUACAAGAAACAUCUUCAAUUCACUGAUUCAGGAUGAAAAUGCAUCUCCUUUAGAAAAUGUCCCCCGUUAAAGGGGAAUAACUACAUCCUUGAAGAUGUCUUACAGUAGGUGUGCAUUAAAGACCAUAACCCUAAUCUUACCCUACCUCUAUCCACAUAAACCUCAACCUCUUUAGUAUUGUACUGCCUAAUGUUUGAAAAUUUAGGAAACUAGAAAAUUAGGAAACACGUUCUGUUACCGGGGUAUUUAUCCAAUACCUCUCUCUUGAGAAUGAGACAAAGGGUUCUGGCACCUUCAGAAGAAAAUGAGACAGAACUCAGGCUGUGGACCAUGACCACUUCAGGGACACUGCAGACAGACGGGAAGGACUCAAGUGAUCUUCUGCAGGGACUGCCUCAGAAAAGAGGGGUAGGUCAGUUUGCCCGGUCUUGAUGGAGCACAUCGAUGUUGUGUGAAUUCAUGCGCCAGCCCUCUUGCUGUCUGAGUGUCUGUUCGCCACCAUCACUCUCUUGUCACACUUCAACAAGGCCACAGAAGCAGCCUGGAGCACUAUAUCCUUAUCAGGGUGGCUGGUAGGACAGACAAGGAGCAGCUUUUUAUUAAAAUCAGUGUGUUGAUUUAUGGCCAAAAUGUAGGCAUUCUAAUGUUGUAUAGAUUGAGGAAAGUGGAAUUUGUUGUUCUUUUUUAAGGUUGUAACGGUUGAAGAUUACAUUUCUGAAGGAAAAGAAAACGUUGGAAAACAGUGCAAUACUCACAAAAAUCUAAUCUUUCUCAAGGGAACUUUUUUUAAACAAAAAAAAGGGUUUGGAAAUCUAAUGUUUUUGGCAAUGUGAAAAACUGUAUUCAGUCAUGUUUUAAUUCUAUGCAAACGUUUGCCGAUAUUGUUUUAUAUGUUAUUUAUAUUUUCCAGCGACAGUACAGACUGCUGUAAUUAAACACAUUUCAAGUGCUCUAUUUGUAUUUCGUGUUGCCUUUGGAUUGGUUUGUAAUGACACCUAGUGGUA